AAUAUAAUCUGCUUGUUAUCAAAGCCGAAUAUACGUUCGACUACAUCUCAAACACUCAAACAUUUUUAUUAUUUUCGAGUGUUUUUUUUUUCUUGCUACAUAAACCUGUCUUCAGUGACUAGUGAAUUUUGUUAAUUAGAUGCGAAGGUAUUCCCAUAAUUUACUUGAAACGAGAUGAUUAGAACAAGUAAAGUUUGGAUGUUAAAAAACCUCUUCGAGGGUGAACCAAAGUUGAGUGAUUUCGAGCUGGAAGAACAUGAACUGAGAGACAUUACCGAUGGAGAAUUGAUAUGCGAGGCUGAAUAUCUCAGUGUAGAUCCAUAUAUGCGAGUCUAUGUGAGCAGAAUUCCUUCCAUUCCGGCAACUAUGAUUGGAACUCAAGUUGCCAAAGUCAUAGAAUCGAAGAACCCAUCAUACCCGGUGGGCUCAUAUAUUUACGGCCACUUUGGUUGGCGUAGUCGAACCUUAGUUACUGCACUCGAUGAUCCGAAAGUCCAUCCAAUCAAACCAUAUCCAUGUCCUAAUCUGGGAACUCAUCCACGAUCAUAUGCAUUGGGUUGCUGUGGGCGUGUUGGAAAUAGCGCCUACUUCGGACUAUUGGAACUCUGUAAACCUCAACCGGGUGAAACGGUAGUUAUUAGUGGUGCUGCUGGGGCAGUCGGUUGUCUGGUUGGACAAAUUGCUAAGAUCAAAGGAUGUAAAGUUAUCGGCAUCGCCGGAGGAAUCGAAAAAUGCAAUUGGCUUACCAAUGAGUUAGGAUUCGAUGAAGCAGUCGAUUACAAAGAUGAAAAAUUCAAUGAAAAUUUGUCGGCUGUAACGCUGGACGGUGUUGACGUGUACUUUGAUAAUGUUGGUGGUAUAAUUAGCUAUGAAGUUAUGAAGCGAAUGAACCAAUUUGGUCGUAUUUCUAUUUGCGGUUCGAUUUCGUCGUACAAUCUAGACCCCAGUCAAGUACCAAAAGUUCCGCAAAUAAACGACUUCCAUCGCAAGAUCUUACGUAUGGAGGGUUUUUUGGUCAACCGAUGGUUGGGUGAAAGGUGGUUUGAAGGAAUUAUGCAGAUCAAAACGUGGUUGGACGAGGGUAAAAUUAAGUACAAGGAAACGAUAACGGAAGGGUUUGAAAAUAUGCCACAGGCGUUUAUUGAUGUACUUCGGGGUAAAAAUUUUGGAAAGGCAAUCGUCAAAGUGUAAAAGGAAAAAUUUUCGAUUUUUUUUUUAAAUUAACAAAAGUAAAUGAAGUGCAAGUAA